CACAGAUUCAAGCCAGCUGCCGUGCUGUAAACAUUUCAUUUGCAAGAAAAGUGGAGGAAAGAGGAAGAGCGAGAGAGGAACCCACAUGUGUCCCCCUACCAGUGAGCUCAAAGUAUCCUGCCACAGCAGCUGACGACGCUACAAAAAGUGGAUUUUAAGGCUCAAGACGUUAACGGCUAGCCGAGGAGUUCUCUGUCUGCCCGUCUCUCUCUCUCUCUCUCUCACAGAGGCAUGCUACCCUGGAGGGGGGUCGCUGAAGCGAACUGACCCCCGGGGUUAAGCGGAAUCAGGUUGUGCUGAGGAGGAGUGGGCAGGGGAGGAGGUUUGUGGGAGGCCACCGAGGGGCCGCCGUGCUGCUGGGAAGCAGACGUAUAGCAGUGGCAGCGUAGGGAGAAACGAGGAGGUGAGAUGGCCACCGGAGAAAUCACCACACUUCCCGCCACACCUGAGGACGGCGGCAGCGGCGGCUUCCCUCCGGGGAACUUCAAGGAGCCCAAACGGCUGUACUGCAAAAACGGAGGCUACUUCCUGAGGAUCAACUCCGACGGGAGGGUGGACGGGAUCCGGGAGAAGAACGACCCCCACAUAAAGCUUCAGCUACAGGCCACCUCGGUGGGGGAGGUAGUCAUCAAGGGUGUUUCUGCCAACCGCUACCUGUCCAUGAACAAAGAGGGAAGACUGUUUGGCAUGAGACGAGUGACAGAUGAAUGCUACUUCUUAGAGCGACUUGAGAGCAACAACUACAACACAUACCGCUCCAGGAAGUACCCGGACAUGUUUGUGGCCCUGAAGCGAACUGGCCAGCACAAGUCUGGAUCCAAAACUGGACCGGGUCAAAAGGCCAUUCUGUUUCUCCCUAUGUCCACCAAGAGCUGAGCUGAGAACUGACUGACAAGGUUUUGGAGGCCACAACGAUGAGGAAGACACUCAUGGGAUGUGUUGAAGGCAAUGAUGGAGAAGAAAACUGGUCCAAAUAGACUGUGAUGCUUUCAAGUAUAUUUUUAACAUCUGUUAUUUAUCCAAGGGUUAUUUGCAGAGCAUGCCUGCUCCUUUAUUUUAUUUUAUUUUUUCAGAAAUGACCCGCUUCACACUUUAACAGAUUCCAGUAUUCAAUUCUAGGAGCUGCCCAGUACAACCACAGCUAAAGUAAGGACGCGACACCUACAAUACACACAGCUAAUGUAAGGUUAUAAGACCUACGUCAACCACAGCUAAUGUACGGUUAGCUAUCGUAAGAGCUGCUCCUCUGGAGAAAGUAGGGGUUAGGUCCCUUGCUCAAAUGCACCUCAGAAGAAAGCUGUUGCGAGACUGCAGAACAUUAAAUAACCCGUCCAGGGGUCCAAGUGAAUAAGCUCACUUCUCUUACUCGUGCAAGUUGCAGCUGAAAUGCAACGUUGCAGUUUGUCGGUCAUUCGUGACGCUUUUUUGUUGUUUUUUUGUUUUUUUGUGGAAAAUUGGACCCUGUCUGAGGACUGUUUAAAAUGAGUUGACAUCACUGAGAGAUGCUUUACCUCUCAAACUGACAUGCGGUAAUGAUCAGAUGAAUGUGAUUUAAGUGACCGGUGUUCACUUUUUAAACAGAAGAUCACCUUAUUAAGAUGUAAAUUACCACAAAAGAGCGGCGGGACAAAACAAACACAGCUAACGGAUGUUUAGAUUUUACUUAAUGUACCUUCGGUAUAGACGUUCCUCUGCAAAAAACCAAAAAAAUCAAGCACACACUGACAGUCUUAUUAA